GGACUCCAUUUGAUAACUUUGAAAGAUGGCGGAACACGAGAAAAUGUCGCGGGAAAAUGUUGAUCAAGAAGAAAACAUCACUAUGGUAGAUUUCCUUGCAGAAGAAGAAAAACUAGAAGCCGAUGCAAAAGCUGUUCUAGGUGGCAGUGAUCCCAAAAAUUGCACUUAUCCUCAAGGUUACCUUUCUCGUCAAGCUCUUUAUGCUUGUUCUACAUGUACUCCUGAUCCAGCCCAGCCUGCAGGAAUCUGUCUUGCAUGCAGUUAUGAAUGCCAUGAGGGUCACGAACUCUUUGAAUUGUAUACAAAGAGGAAUUUUAAAUGUGAUUGUGGCAAUAAAAAAUUUCCAAACCGCUGUAAACUGUUUAGUGAAAAAUCUGAUUAUAAUGAACUUAAUCAAUACAGCCAAAAUUUUGUUGGUAAAUAUUGCACUUGUAAGAGGCCUUAUCCUGACCCUGAGGAUGAUAUUGAUGAUGAGAUGUUCCAAUGUGUUAUCUGUGAAGAUUGGUACCAUCAGAGACAUUUGAAUGCUGAUUUUCCUGAACAUGAUGAUAGUGUAGAGGUUGUAUGUAGUAGCUGCAUGAAAAAGUGUCCCUUCCUCUGGGCAUACCAAGCUGCUAAUACAGCUGUAAAGAUAGAAAAAUGCAAUGAAAAUGUUGAUGUAGAUGUGGAAUCUCACAAAAACAAACCUCAGUCUGAUGGUUGUGCUGACACUAAACAGAAAAAAGACCCCGAAGAAAAGAAAUCAACACAGUCUGGUGAGUCUUUUCAGAAGAAGACUGAAGAUGGUAAUCCUUCUGACAAAGAUAAUAACUUGAAUCCUGCUGAGGAAAAAUGUGUGUACAGACAACUACAAAAUGAUGAUGUUAUCUUGAAAGAGCAUUCAACAUAUUGGAAAGAAGGUUGGCGUUCUUAUCUGUGUUCAUGUUCAAAAUGCCUGGAGAUGUAUAAGAGCCACAAGGUCGCUUUCCUGUUAGAUGAGAAGGAUCCUAUUAGUGUUUAUGAAGAACAAGGGCAACAGGUUAACUCUAAUGCUCCAACUGGAAUGGAUGCCCUCUCCAAAAUGAACAGAGUCCAACAGAUGGAAGUGAUCCAUGGAUAUAAUGACUUAAAAUCUGAGCUGACAGACUACCUAAAGAAAUUUGCCGAUUCCAAGAAGGUUGUAAGAGAAGAAGAUAUCAGAGAAUUCUUCACAGGUUUAGAAGCUAGAAAACGCCAGAGGACCAAUACUAUCCCUUCCCAUUUCUGCAAAUAAAUUUCUAGCACCCAUUCUCAGGUCCAGGAUACCAACAUCUUGUAAUAUCACAUAAAUUUUUGAAAUAAUCAGUCAUUUCUUCCAAAACUUAAUUGUUUUUCUUAUCUUGUACUUUUUUCCUUUUAUUACAUCUGUUUAUUUUUAUUUUCCCAUUUCAACUAUCAUACGAAAUUGUUACAAAAAUAAUUACCUUCUUCAUUGCAAGUUUUUAAAAGAGGUUAUUUAAUUUUAAUUUUUUUGUUUCUUGUUCUUUUCCAUUCAUAAAGUUAAAUGAAAAUAAAAACCAAAAUUGGUAUUUCA